AUGGCACCUCGACGACCUUCAUUUGGAAUGUCCCGAUCUUCGCCCAUCAUCGAAUCUUCCCUCUCGACACACACCUGUGCUGCGUUAAACGACACGGACAACCCAACCAUGAUUCAUGAACCCGCUCGGCCUUUCCACGUGCGUCGACGCAUCAGAAGGGCCUCGCAGCCAGCUCAGCUGCCAUAUGCGCCGUUGCGCUUCCGAUAUAAACCGCAUGAUACACUCGGCGCAGGUUUCAGCAGCACAACAGCCACCGCCACCGACUCGGGAACUUCCGACGACGAGUGGGACUCGCCACUCUUUCGCCAGCAUUACCAGCCAUUGACCUCGCUAGAGUACCUCGACCUUCCGGUAUCGUUGCCCUAUUCGAUCGUCUCGCUACGUGCACAGGUGCUGUCUUAUCUCACCGAGCUUGAAGUCAGGGCGCGAGCCUUCUAUGCGAAGCGUAUCUUUCGCACAACUUCCUUGUCAGCACUGGACGAUGCCUCCGUCUCUCCAGCUGAAGCAAGCGCAUCCGCGUUAUCGAGCUGCGCUCACGACUCUGAUGCAAAGACUGCCUGGGCCGAUAGUCACUCAGCUGCCUUUUUUCAGCAACUCGAGGCUAUGCGCGAAGAUCUGAGGCGACUCGUAGCGCUGCUCCCGACUUACCAAGCAACAGCAUCGUAUGCCCUCGCUUCUCGCUCGCAAUUGCUGGCGCCGGAUUGGGAGCGCUUGUCGUCCAGCUUUUCUCUCCCAAUCAGCCUCGGCAGCGGGCUCCGAGAGCGAUUGCCACGUCUUCCUUCUACGGCCGAUGCGGUGCGUCUCAAAGCAGAGCUUCCAGCGCUACCCGCCAUGCCCUCUCUGCCCCAAUUCGAUCUUGAUUUUGCAUCAGUGCUCGAGCCCCUUUCGACACAUUUGCCAACGCAGGCUUAUGCGCUCGCUGCCAAGAUGCAAUCGAGACUCGAGGCCAUUCAGGACUCCGUACGCAAUAUGGCUUGGCGCGACGCUCUCCAGAGCGCUGUUGAAGAUGGCAAAAGUGCCACGCUAGCACAACGCUUCGAGGCCACUUUCCAGGACCUUUCGGCGCGUUCCCGUUCGCGAGCCAAUAGCCUUGCUUCUCGUGCUGGUCACGCAGUCCACGAAGCGGAGGAGAAGCUAUAUCAGCUGGCAAAGGAGUUAGCACGCAACGGUCACGAGCUCAUCCACUACGAACAUCUUCCCGCCUUCUUCCGCAACAACGAGCACAUCCUCUCCGGCUAUCGCUUCAUCCCGGUCGAGAAUUGGCCUGCCUUGUUACGUAGCACGUUCCAGAUCCACAACGAGACGGGAAACAUUCACACCCAUCUCUGGGGCUUGGCUGCUAUCGUGCCGCUCUUUUGGCCCAGCAAAGGUCUCGAUGAUCAGACAACGCCGAUGGACAGGCUCGUGCAGACCGUCUAUCUGUUUGCUGCUGCCAAGUGUCUCACGCUUUCAGUCUCGUGGCACGUCAUGGCGGGUUGCUCGGAUCGCAAAUGGUUUGAAAGAUUCGCCUGCGUCGACUAUACGGGCAUUGCAUGGCUCGUCGCUGCCUCUAUCUGGACCACCGUGUACAACUGCUUCUAUUGUCAGCCUAAUUUGGCGCUCUUCUACUCAUUCACGACGCUCUUAGUCGGACUCGCCGGUGCCAUCCUUCCUUGGGCCGAAUGGUUCAACAGGCGCGAGAACAAGGGCGUGCGCAUCGCCGUGUUUUUGACAAUGUGCGCCACAGCUGUAGCGCCCUUUUCACAUGCUGCGUUUGAGCACGGUCUGGCCAAAACAUUUGCCUUUUUCAGUCCUAUCUUUCCUUCUCUCGCUUUCUACGUAGGCGGUCUGGUAUUCUAUGCGACGCAGUUUCCUGAGAGCUGGGCACCCGGUCGCUUUGACACGUGGGGUCAUUCACAUCAGCUCUGGCACAUUGGCAUUGUGCUGGCCAUCGUAUUUCACUACCGCGCAGCGCUUGUAUUCCACGCGAACCGCUUCGAGUUCAGUUGUACCAUACCGGGGGCAGGCGUAGCAGCGACCACGGCCGUUUCGUCAUCUAAGUCUUCAUCGACGACGAUGGCGUUCUUGCAACAAGUGUUUGGUAUGCUUGCCUGGACGCGGCCAUGGAGCGCAACAGGCGAGGCGGCGACAAAGGUGACGGAGCCGAUCGACUUGAUGUUCGCUAAAGUUGGAGGCAUGGAAGGUAUCAUUGGCCUUGCUCGUGCUGACAAUCAGAUACUGCAGUGGAGGAGGUUACUGGGCAAGAUAGGAAAUGGCGCAGUGGGACGUGGCUGGGAUGCACUCGUCGACUGGGCUCAGAACUUUUGGUGA